AUGGGAUCAUCACCUGAAACCGUACUCUUGGAAAACUCUUCAUUUCAUAACCCAGUGCUUAAUGUUAGCGAUGCUAACAAAAAACAAUYGGUCAAUGCUAUAGUUAGUGAAUAUAUAUUAUCAAUAACUAAAGUUAAACGACUUAAACAAAUGUUUGCUGAAGAAAUGAAAUUGGGAUUACAGUCUAAACCUUUGCGUAAGUCAUGCUUUUAUAUGAUCAACACUUUUGUUACCACCGAUUGGAUCGACGGUACAGAAUGUGGCGAUUAUCUGGCCAUUGAUAUCGGUGGCAGUAAYUGUCGUGUUGUGCUCUGUCGGCUAAAACCCGAUAGUGAACCGGAAUUUCGGAUUCAACACUACGGGCUAACUAUAGCACAAAGACAGGGAUCCAGAGCUGAAAAAUUUUUCGAUCUAUUGGCUCAAUAUAUUGGCGACUUCAUCGGCAAACAAACAGAUUUAAGUGACAAACGUCUACCACUGGGCUUCACAUUUAGCUUUGGUUUUGAUCAGUUGGCUAUUGAUAAGUCUGUAAUACUGCARUGGGGUAUACAAACCAACUUUCCUGAUGCUAAUGGUAARUGCGCCGUACAGUUGCUAAGAGAUGCUAUUGCYCGACAAUGUCUUAAUGUGGAUGUUGUGUCCAUUUCCAAUGACAUCACUACUACACUCAUGUAUGGAAUGUUUUUAAAAACUGAUACAUACGUCAGCUAUAUAUUGGGCUCAGGGAUGAAUGCCGCUUAUAUAGAAAGAGUGGAUUGCAUGGAAAAGUUAGAUCCGAUUAAAGCGUUUGGAAGAAAGUUAGACGAAGUAAUAGUUAACAUUGAGGCCGGUUUUAUGGGCGAUGACGGCGCCAUUGAUUUUGUUAAAAGUCGUUGGGAUUUAGCCAUAGACGAGGAAUCUAUGAUACCUCAUAGUCUUGGAUUUGAGAAACUAAUCGGCGGUUUUUUCAUCGGAGAGCUUGUCCGCCGUACUCUCGUAACUUUGGCUAAAAAUAAUGUGUUUAUUGGCGGACACAUUACCGACUGUCUCAGUGAAAAGUUUACAAUUAAAGGUCCGGAUGUGUCGGCUAUUGAAACAGAAAACUUAUCUAAAGAUUCAGUAAUUAAAAUACUUCAGCGAUUAGGCUAUAAUUCGUCAGAAAUAACCACAGAUGACAUUGAAAUUGUUAGAUAUGUUUCAGCUUUAAUCAGUGUCCGUAACGCACAGUUAAUCGCUUCGACUAUUGCAGCAAUUGUUGAACGCAUAGACAAACCACUGAUAAGAGUAGCAUUUGAUGGUUCUCUCUAUAAAUAUCACCCAAAACUUCAUACAUUGAUCACCGAUUUUAUCGCUCAAUUAGUUCCCAUUAACAAAAGGGUUGAGUUAUUUUUGGCCGAUGAUGGCAGUGGUAAAGGUGGAGCUCUGGUGGCAGCUAUGGCGGCAAAAACUAAACAAUUUGUUUAGUUAACCAUUUAGUAAAUAUUAACAAA